AUGGGGAGGAAGAAAAAGGUUCAAGGAGCCACAGGUGAAGCUGUCAAAUCAGAGUACAACUUCUGGGAUACAGCGCAUGAUGGUCCGUUUCUGGAAUGUUUGCUUGAACUUACUGAAAGGGGACUCAUCAACAAUGGGACUUGCAAAAAUGGUUACUAUUUUUUGCAGCAAAACCCAACCUGCAAAACCUACAAAGGAGCGUCUUUCCCACAAUUCUUUGAUCUCGCACCAGUUUUUGCUAAUGGGCGUGCCAACGGAUUCGCAGGAUUCUCAGGUAACGACCCGGAAAUAAUAUCCGAAGGGGAUGAUAGUGGCACUAAGGAUGAUGAAGGCCCUCCUGUCCCUCUUGCUGAAAUGGUAAACCCUGCAGUUGAAGAAGAAAUGUUUAACAUCAUAAAUGAGGGGGUCGAGGACAAAAAUGUGAACAAGAAGAAGCAUCCUGCAAAUACUCCAAUGGGUGCACCACUUGAAAAGAAGAAGAAGAAGGUCCAGGGUGCAGUGUUAGAUGAUACGGAUGCUGAACUUGGGUCUGAGAUGAAGUUACUGAGGCCCCUAAUCCAACAAUCUGUGGACACGAUCGCUAAAGCAAUGGGCGAGAGCAAGGAGCAUGAUAAUAUGCGGAAGGAGCUGAGGGGUAACUUGGACAAAUUAGAGGGCUUGACCCGAGUUCAAAGGGUGCUUGCAGUUAGGAUACUGAAUGCGAACCCAACAGACUUGAAGAGUUUCUACGAGAUGGACGAUGAGGACAGGCUAACCCUUAUCCUCAGUCUCAUCUAA